UAAAUGGGUUUGCUUCAUACUCUGAGCAGCAGGACCUCCCGUGGCCACACUCUGGUUGGUGUGUUCCGCAGAAAGCAGCAUCAUGGCACCUAUCCUGCUAUGCGUGCUGGUUUGGACAGCGUUUGCCUGGUCUCCAACCCGCGCCCACCUCAACGAAACCAUCUACGCCGUGACUGUGAGCUCCAGGGUGACCGGAGGGGCAUCUGAGACGCUGUGCGCCCACGUCCUCUCCCCCCCGGAGCCGCUGGCCCUCAGGGUGACUCUGGAGGCGCAGUCCGGGAGCACCGUCAUCCUGGAGGAGACGGUUUCCACGGAUUACUACGGCUGCUCCACCUUUCAGGUUCCCAUGGUGACCAGCAGCACGGUGGCCACGGUCAAUGUGACCAUCCAGGGGGAGAGAGCCGUCAUGAGCAAGGAGACCAAGGUCCUCAUCGCCCCUCCAGCCUUCCUUCAUCUGAUCGUGACGGACAAGCCGCUCUACAAGCCUGGACAGACUGUCCAGUUCCGGAUCGUCUCCAUGGACGCUGGCUUCAUCCCUUUCAAUGAGCUGUAUAAAACAGUUGAGCUUCAGGACCCCAACAGAAACCGCAUCGCGCAGUGGCUGGAUAGGGCCGCCGUCAGUGGCAUCCUGGACCUCUCUCACCCCAUGAGUCCAGAGGCCGCCCAGGGACCCUACACCAUCACCGCCUGGACGGAGAAGGGAGAGAGCACCUCUCGCUCCUUUGACAUCAAGGAAUACGUUUUGCCAAAAUAUGCCGUCAACAUUAGACUACCUAAUGUCAUAAAUAUUUUACAACAAGAAGUCCCCAUACAAAUUUGUGGAAGAUACACCUAUGGAAAGCCUGUCCUUGGGUCCAUCAAGGUGGUAGUUUGUAGAGAGGGCCAGGGCCAUUUUAGAGGGCAUUAUUUCCGGUCAGAAGACAUCUGUGUGACAUCACAACUGCAGACGGACAGAACGGGCUGUGCAGCGCACUUCAUUAGGGUAUCAGAAUUUGGCCCAAGAGAUCAAACGUACCGGGACAUGUUUGAGGUGACGGCUGAAAUGGAGGAGUAUGGCACUGGGGUGGUCAUUCGAGCCAGUGGCCAAACGCCCUUUUCUGUUAAUGUCAGAGAACUCACAUUUAAGAAUGUUGCAGAUAAUACUGCCUAUAAGCCAGGGAUCCCAUUCGAGGGCAAGGUCAAGCUGACUGGAAUAGACAGGAAGGCGGUGGGGGACGAGGUGGUAUAUCUAUACGUGGACGUCAACGCAGCGUCGUACAACCUCACGCUUCUGACCCAAGACAACGGCGUGGCAUCUUUCUCCCUGGACACCUCCCUGUGGAAUAACAGCGUGGUUCUUACGGCAAGCUCUAGACCCAAGGAAGAACGGCAGUCAUUUGUGCAUGAGGAACGCCUGCCUGCAUACCCCUCGGCAGGACUGAUCAUGAGGCCGUUCUACUCUAAGAGCAAGAGCUUCGUGAAGAUCUCAGCCAACGGCCACAAGAGCCUCUGUGAGGGGGAGUCCCAGGUGGGCGCCCAGUACAUCAUCCAGGGCGAGGAGCUUAGGCCGGGGCAGGAGGAACUGCCCUUCUACUACACCGUGAUGUCCAAGGGUGCAAUAAUGAGGCACGGGCAUCUUCCAGUUGCUGUAAAAGAAGGAAUCGUCAACAAAGGAGUGCUAUCCAUCCCCCUGCUUGGAAAAGCUGCCCUCAGCCCAUAUGCCCAAGUGGUGGUGUACACUUUGAUGCCAAGUGGGGAGGUGUUGGCGGAUAACAUGGACUUCCCAGUGGACCAGUGCUUCGAGAAUAGGGUGAAGCUGGAGUUCUCAGCAGAUCGAGAGCUGCCUGGAGGAGAGACCUCGUUUCGGCUGGAGAGCCAGCCAGGAUCCUUGUGCUCCGUCAGGGCGGUGGACCAGAGCAUCCUUCUGCUGCAGCCGGACCAGGAGCUCAGCGCUGCUUAUGUGUUCAACAAGCUGCCUGUGCAGAAGCUGAGUGGCUUCAGCUACCAAGUGGAGGACCGUGAGCCGGAUCGCUGCUUACCGCCCGGGUAUGAGACGGCGGAAUCCACCGCGAAGGACGACGUCUACAGUGUUUUUAAAGAAAUUGGAAUAAAACUUGUGACCAACUCUGAGGUGAAGAAACCAGCCGCCUGUUUGUACCCUGAAUAUCAGCAUUCUGAUAUGGAUUAUGAUGCGGAAUAUAUGCUAUAUGAUGCAGUUGUUGAAGAAUCCGACUCAUCGAUGCGCUUGAAGCCCAUGAAAAAAAAACGGGAAAAAAUAAAAACUGUGAGAAGCUACUUCCCUGACACCUGGAUCUGGGAGCUGAUCGCUGUCGGAGACAGCGGGUCGGUGAGCGUGGUGAAGACGCUCCCUGACACCAUCACCAGCUGGCGGGCCCAGGCCUUCUGCACCUCCUCCUCCCUGGGCUUCGGCCUGUCCCGGGACACGGCGCUGGUGGCCUUCCAGCCCUUCUUCGUCAGCCUGACGCUGCCCUACUCGGUGGUCCGAGGGGAGGUGUUCACGCUCAGAGCCACCGUCUUCAACUACCUCCCUAGCUGCAUCAUGGUCAGGGUCCAGCUGAGCAACUCGUCCCACUUCUCCCUCAGAGAGUGUGCGGACUGCCAGUACACCAUGUGUGUGUGUGCAGAGGAGAGCAGGGUUUUCCAGUGGGAGGUCAGCCCCUCCUCCCUUGGGGAGGUGACCCUGGAGGUCCGGGCCGAGGCGCUGCACACGGAGCAACUGUGUGGGAACGAGGUGGCGCCCCCGCCCACGGUGGGCCGGGUGGACACAGUGGUGCGCAAACUACUGGUGGAGGCAGAAGGUACCCCAGUGGCUGUUACCCACAAUGCACUCCUCUGUCCUGGAGCAGAGAAGCCAGCAGAGAAGAACAUCUCUCUCCUGCUGCCAGACCUGUUUGUGGCUGGUUCUGCCAGGGCCUCUUUCUCUGUGUUGGGGGACCUGAUGGGCCGGGCCAUGAAGAACCUGGACAAACUGCUGGCCAUGCCGUACGGCUGCGGGGAGCAGAACAUGAUCCUGUUCGCCCCAAACAUCUACAUCCUCAACUACCUGACCAGCACCGCACAGCUGACACACGCCAUCAAGGAGCGGGCCACGCGCUUCCUGGAGAGCGGCUACCAGAGAGAGCUCACCUACCGGCAUGACGAUGGCUCCUACAGUGCUUUUGGCAAGAGCGACGCGUCUGGAAACACCUGGCUGACUGCCUUUGUGAUGAAGUCGUUUGGCGGCGCCAAGCCCUACAUCUUCAUCGACCCCAAACUAAUCGUGGACUCCAGAACCUGGCUGCUCAGCCACCGGCGGAAAGAUGGAUGCAUCACAUCAGUUGGAAAACUGUUUCACAACGGCAUGAAGGGCGGGGUGAGCGACGACGUGUCUCUGACCGCCUACAUCACGGCUGCACUUCUGGAGCUGGAUGCAGCAGACCCCAUGGUGUCUGGGUGCCUGCAGUGCCUGAGAGUGGCGGUAGCGGGAAAGCUGGAGAACAUGUACACCACAGCCCUCCUCUCCUACACCUUCACCCUGGCAGGGGACCAGCAGACCAGGGCCGCGCUCCUCACCGCUCUCCACCAGCGCUCUGUCACAGACGGGGGCACGCGCCACUGGAAGCGGGCGGAGGCCUCUGAGAAGGUUCUGGACUCCCUGGAGGUUGAGAUGACGGCCUACGUACUGCUUGCGGUUCUCUCCGGACCCCCGGUGCCGGGCUUCGACCUCGACUAUGCCUCCAGCAUCACACGCUGGCUCAUCCAACAGCAGAACCCCUACGGCGGCUUCGCCUCUACGCAGGACACGGUGGUGGCCCUCCAGGCCCUGGCCCGCUACGGCGCUGCCACCUACAGCUCGGAGGGCGCCUGCGUGGUGGGGCUGAGCUCGCUGGGCGGGGCCAGCUGGCAGUUCACCGUGGACCAGAGCACCCGGCUGCUGUACCAGGAGCAGGCGCUGGACCGCCUGCCCGGGGACUACCGCAUCACGGCCCAGGGGCAGGGCUGUGUCCAGGCACAGAUCGCCAUGCGUUACAACAUCCCCCCUCCUGGUGACUUCAGUUCCUUCCACAUCGUCGCAACAACGACCGCUGUGUGUAACAGCACCCGGCCCACACUGACCAUCAGAGUGGACCUCAGGUACCAAGGUAGGAGAGAGGAGACCAACAUGGUGAUCAUCAACCUCAAGCUCCUGUCAGGCUAUGGCCUUCAGCAGAGCACUCUGCAGGAGCUGAAGAGAGAGAGCAGUGUGAAGCGUGUGGACUUUGAGGAGGGCUACAUCAACAUCUACCUCGACGGCCUGAAGAAGGAGGUGUUGAGGAGCUACAGCGUGACCCUGGAGGAGGAGGAGGCCGUCAGGAACCUGAGGCCGGCCGUGGUGAAGGUGUACGACUACUACCAGACAAGUGACGAGGCAGUGGCAGACUACUCCUCCCCUUGUGCGGAGCGUGAUGAUGUGAAUGAUCUACUAUUGGAACGAUCGGAGCCACCAACAAGAAGCACAUCAAUCAAAUUAAAGCCGGACUAAUGGUUGUGCUACAUUGUUAAUUGUAGCCAGUGAAUUCUUUGAAUGACAAAAGAUUAGAUUUAAUUUCAACAUAUACACUUUAAAAAAGAGGAAUUUGCCAAGAUGACAUGCAUUCAAGAAAGCCAAUGUUUAUUCAAUUACAAUUCUGUCUUUUAAUCGAUAAAGGUAAUCCAUAGUUUCCAUUGGCGUGACAGUGAGCUAUGAAACAAGGUACCGUAAACACAAUAAUGGUCCAACAGUCGACUGGGAUUGAAUGGAUCCGAACGACGGAAACAAACCAGUAUUACAAAACAGCUUAGGUAGAAGUUUGUCUGCACAGGCUGGGUGAUUACAGGUGAAUUGUGAUUGUGAUUUCAUGUAGUGCGCCUUGCUCGACAUUUUAUUCUUUCUAACAAAUAUUAUAUUAAUUCAUCACUACCAUAGAGUUUAAAUUUCGCCACAAUAAAAUCUUUAAAUGACAAAAUACAAA